AUGCAGCCGUCGGUCGACCUCUACGAGGACACGGAGGCGGGCUUCGUCGCGCUCUUCCCGCGCGCGAUCAAGGAGCGGCCGGGCCACGUCGUCGACCUCAACCACAUCAAGGCCUGGCUCGACGCCAAGCGCGCGCAAAACCACGACUACGCGGACCCCGUGCACAUAAGAACCUCGGCGGCGUCGGCUACGCGCGCCAAGAACAUGGACCGGCUACCGAUCGAGCCGGUUCCGCUCGACAGCGCCGCGCCCGGCGACCAUGUCUCGCUCGUGCGCGACCCGACGCGGCGGGGGCUCAUCGUCGACGUCGUGAGCACGUGGCGGUCCGUGCGGUGGGCCGGGCGGGGCACGUCGAACCACCGGCCCGGCGAGCUCAUGCCGGCCCAGCUCUCGGAGGGCGAGCAAGCGCCCAUCGACCAGGCGGCGCUCCUCCAGCAGAUGCUCGACGAGGAGAUCAUGCUCACGGCGGACAACGGCGUCCGCGUGGGCAACGCGUUCGCGCGGCGCGACGGGUCGCCGAGCCGGCAGCUCGUCGCGCUCCGGGGCGAGGGCGGCUCGUGGUGCGUGCGCUGCGACGUCUGCAACAUCGCCAACAUCCUCGCCGUGGGCAAGCUCCGGGACCCGAGCGCGGAUUUGCGGGACAUCGCGAGCCAGGCGAAGCGCCACGUCGGCGCGUGGAAAUCUUUGCUGAACCACCGCCCCGUGCGCGAGCACUGGCGCCAGCUCGCGCUCAUCACGGGCCUCGCGCUGCCCGUGCCCGCGGCGCCGGAGCCCAAGCCCCGGUCCAUGAAGCGCGACCUGCGGGGCACGCUGCCGCCGCGCGACGACGCGCCCCACGGCCCGGAGACCCGCUAUUCCCCCCACGCAGGCUCGGACAUGGGCGCGGCGUUCCGGAAGAAGAAGCGGCGCGAGCACCGGCGGACGUCGUACGCGGUGCCGCCGCCCGAGGGCGUCGUCGCGGAGCCCGAGGACGUCGGCCCCGGCGGCGACACGACGGGCCUCGUCGCGCGGUGCUGGGCGCCGUGCAAGAAGUGCGGCGGCGCGCCGCGGCCCGUCGUCGUCGGCGCCUGCGACGACGGGGCCCAUUUUGUGUGCGAGCACCACCUCAUCCUCGCGGUGGGGGUUUCGUCCGUCGCGGAGCUCCGGGCCAAGGGCGGCACCUUCAAGUGCUCCAUCUGCCCGCCGGGGGCGCCGAAGCGGGGGAACGCGUACCCGGAGCACGCGCCGAACCCCUGGACGACGACCUGCGGCGUCUGCGAGGCGCCGCUCGGCGCGCCGCCGGACGCGGGCGCCGUCGACGGCGCGGACGCCGUCGCCGUGCUCGGCUGCGCGCGGUGCCCGCGGGCCUUCCACGAGCGGUGCCUCGGGCUCGUCUCCGCGGGUCCGGGCCGCUACCGCCACGACCUGCCCUGGGUCGACGCGCGGGGCCACUGGCUCUGCGGCGCGUGCGAAGGCGUCGGCGACGCCAAGGCCGGCAUGCUCGACACGGCGUCGGCCUUCGCGCUGUCGUCCAUGAAGCGCGCGGCGCCCGUGCGCGACGACGCGCGGGCGCCCGACUCCGACGACGACGACCUCGGCGUCCCGGAGCCGCCGGCCCACGCGCGCGCCGUCGCCGCCGCGGCCGCGACGAAGACGGUGCUCGACGCGCUGUUGGGCCACGACUUCGGCCGCCGCGUCUCCACGGGCGACGGCGCCGACCUCCAGGCCGCGCGCGAUGCGCUCGCGCGCGCGCUCGACAACGGGCCCGCCGUCGGCGACGACGACCCGCGCGCGCGGGACGACGCCUGGGCCGCGUCCGCGGCGGCGACGGCGGCGCACGCCGUCGGCGCCAUCAAGGCCGUCCGCGCGCUCUGGCGCGACGCCAAGGGCGCGACGGGCGACGACGGGCCCGCGACGCGCAAGAUGGCCAAGGAGCUCGGCACGCUCGCGGAGCUCGGCUUCGCGCGCUGCGUCCGCGUCCACCUGUCGCCCGCGGACCAGGCCCACCUCGACGCCCACGUGCCGAAGAAGAAGAGCGUGCUGAAGAUGGCGACGGCGGGCACGAACAUGUCGCGCUCCGGCUCGUCGGGGUUGGCCGGCGCGUCCUCGAAGAACGGCUUCGGCGGCGCGUCGGGAUCGAACGCCGGCGGCGCGCCGGGCUCCGCGGCGGCCCCGGGCCUGGCCGGCGGCCUGCGCUUCAACAAGCCCGGCGGUGGUCCCGGGUCGCGGCGCUACUUCCGCGAGCAGCUCAAUUUCGGCGGGCUGGGCAGCCCGCGGCCGAGCACGUCCGGGUCGCCGCGGUCGAGCCGCCUCUCCGCGGCGACGGGCAACACGCGCCACGACGUGCGGCGGUCCAAGGCCAAGGCAGAGAUCGCCGCGAUCCAGAAGCGCAUCGCCGCCGAGACGGACCGGCGCCUCAAGGAAAUGUACGAGGACGACCUGAACUGCGAGUUCGACGACGGCAUGUUCCGCGAGUGGCGCGCGGAGACGGCGGCGCACCGGCGCGCCCACGGCCAGCGCGGCCUGGACCCGGACCUCUUCGGCGUGCCCUUCGGGUCGCCGCGGGCCACGCCGCGGCGGUCGCGCUUCGAGUACGAGGGCGUCGGCUCGGGCGGCGCCGCGCCCGAGUCCGAGAGCGACGACGACGACGUCAACGCCGUCAUCGAGGCCGCGCGCGUGCGCCGCGAGGCGUCCGAGGCCGAGCGCCGCGGCGAGCGCAAGCCGUCGCCGAAGCGCCGGCGGAACCCGCCGCGGAACGCGCGCUGGGUCGCGUUCGCGGCGGCCGAGGCGCCCAUCACGCUCGGCUCCGUGCCCUGGCCCUGCGCGUUCGGCGCGCGGGUCGAGCUCUCGGACCUCGGCGUGAGCGACGACGCGCCCUUCGACGAGAAGAAGCGCGCCGUGCGCGAGGCGGUACUCUGCUGGCACCCGGACAAGUGGACCCAGCAGUUCGGCGACCGCCUCGACGCCGGCGGCGACCGCGACGCCGUCAUGGAGCGCGUCACGGCCGAGGCGCGCAACGUCCACGACCUCUGGAUGCGGCUCAAGGAGGAGUCGCAGCGCGUCCGCGGGGCCCUCGGGGCUCGUGGCAUGUGCGGGGCGAGACCGCCGAGGUAA